AUGGUUACCAUGUCUAAGGAGAAGCGUGUUGACCUGCGACCGCGCAGGGAAUCCGACGCUGAUGCCUUGUUCCCGACAAUGUCCCAUGCAGACUCGAUGCGGUUUUCGUCUCGCGCUCCUUGGACCGAUGUUGGAGAAUUGCGCAAGUACUUCGCCCCUGAAGACACCUCAGGCUGGAAAUGCUGGGCAAUUGUCAAGGCCGGCAAGGAUGAAGCCAUCGGGUUCGUGGCUGCAUGUGAGAAACGCAAAGGCGUGUCCGAGAUCGGCUACCUUGUUGCUCGCGAAGCUCAGGGUCAUGGCUAUGGGCGUGAAGCUGUUGGCCUCCUGAUCGAGAGAUUCUUUGCGGAAGGACAACGACGUAUCGUUGCCGAUGUUGAUCCUGACAAUAAGCCAUCCAUCGCCUUACUCACAGCGCUCGGCUUCAAGCUGGAGGGACACCUGCGCGCAGAGUGGGAAACGCAUAUCGGGAUUAGAGACUCUUUGAUAUACGGACUACUCCAAGGACAAGAAGGCUGGGAAGAGAAGAGAGCUUGA